AUCUAAUCACAAGUCUCCCUUUUCGAUAGAAUUUUCUCUCUCACUAGAGCAUUAUAACUUCCCUUAUAAGUUUGUGCGUUUAACGAAGUUAAAGGUCUCCUUUUUUAAAUCGACAGUGACUAGUAGCUUGUGCGGCAAGAGUUUCUGUAUUUACAAAAAGAAAAGAAAAUAUAAUAUUUCAUCAUCCGGUUCCUUUCUGCCGUUCCGGUUUUGAUAAUAACCAACGUGAUUAUCAAUCGGUGAAAGAUCAAAAGUGCAUAAUUGGCUAAUUGGGCGAGCAUAUUAUUUCUUCACUCUUUCGGUGUCAAAUUUGUAAUUUUAAACAAAUUUCCUAGUGUAUGCCAAAUUUCUUCUCACAUAAUGUACACUGUUUCGAAGAAUCCUAUCAAAAUUGUUGCGAAGACAAGGCGAGGUAUGAUGCAGAAUCUUGAUAGGCUAGAUUCACUGAGGGACAGUUCGAAGAAAUCACACGAUAACGACAAUGGAGAAAUAAUCAGCGAGCCCAAACCAGUAUUUCAGCAAAGCAGCUCGAAGAAACCUACCUGCUUACGAGCGCAGCAAGCUCCAAUUAGCCCACAGCAUGAAGAAUUAAUUAAAUUCAUCUAUGAAUCUUGGAAUUCAAUCUGUAAAGAAUGUAACACUAGCUCAGAAGAAUCAUCGGACAAUACUCAGUCGAUAUGUUACUACGAUGAUGGAGAACCAAACCCUAGUUUACAAGACUUCAAACCCAUUGAUCUUGAGCUGUGGUGGGGAAAGCAGCUUUUCAACACACUCAUGAAUUCCUCGUAGUUUUCCAUUUGUAUCUGCCUAGCUAGUUAACAGAUCGCUGUAUUUUUUUAUUAGAAAUUUAAAAGUGAAUUUUGGAAUUUUUUAGUUUCAAAAAAGAAAAAGGAAAAGAAACAGAGUGCCUGAAUGUGCUCCUCAAAUUAUCUUCUCCUUCUUUUUAUCCAUGAAUUGAAUGGAUUUUUCUGUGUCUUUUUCCCCCUUUUUUCAUUGUUAUUUAAACUGAAACAGUUUGUUAGUUUUUGUGAUAGUGCAUUGUUUAGUUUAUAUUAAACAGGUUUUGUAAAUAGGUAAAUUUAGACCUAGGGUUAGAAAAUAAUGGGCAACUGUCACAUCAGAAAAUGGCAGCAUUCUACAUGAAUUCAUGUUGUAAUAAAUGGGCCAACUGAUGAUUGAUGCACUCAGGUUGAUGUGAAAUUUGUCCAUUAUUUUCUUUCCUCAGUUCUAGCCUAAUGUUACUCGGUGCAAAUGAUUCUAGGAGCAAAAAAAGCUUAGCGUACUCUAAAUUUUUUUUUUUUAAAAAAAAAAAGAAUCACAGUAAAUCAAAAUUAACUCAAAUUAAAUAUCAAAAUAGUGAUGCUUUCACUAUUUUCCCCCGGCCAAGGCUAUUUUGUCUUUUUACCAAAAAUUACAUUGUAAAUGGUAGUGCAUUAGUAGAGUUUAGUUUUUAGUUGAUCUUUUACUUUCAGCCGUAGAGCUUGUUUUGUUUUUAUUUGAUUUUUUUCCUCCUAUUGAAGCAGGAAUUAUUUUUUUAAAUAUAUCAGGUAGUAAGAAUAUUAAGGUUGUUUAGUGUGUGAAGGGAGUGGUUGGAGGAAAAAUAUCCGAGAUUACAUAUAUACAAAUCAGUUUGCAGAGUGACAGCGGUUACCCUUUUGUCCUGUAAACUAUGAAUGUAAUAUUCUAAAAUUCAAUCUAUGUUUGCCAUUGAAGUUUGGUUCAGGAUUGAGUUUAUGACUUGAAUCUAAUAAUGCAAACAUAGCUCAAAACAUUAACUUUAGAGGCUGUGCAUGGAUAACAUAAUGCAUUUUGGAAGAGAAGAGGUUCAAAAACUUUAUCUUGAGUUCACUAGAAGGAAGGAGGUUAUACUUGACUCGGAAUCCAAAUUUAAAAGAUAGUGUAAUUUUUGGGGAGCUAAAAGUUACCGGUAAAAUGUCAUCUAAUAUCUGAUUAUAUUGGAGGACCCCUUAUCUUAUGAGGUGCAUGUCUGUUAAAAUCUUAUGUAAUGCUGCUGAGAUUUCAACCCUUCAUAUACAUACAUAUUUCAUCUCUAAUAACACAAAUUUCUCAUCCGGCUAUUUUCUUUGUCAUCUUGUUUAAACAGGUUUCUCAAAAGGUAUCUUUUGUGAAAUUGGUAAUUACUCCAUUUUUCUUUUUUUUCGUCAUUUGUUUUACCAAUUUUUUUCAUUUAGCAGAGAACCAUGAAGAGAGAACAUAUGUUUACAGCCUCUUUUUACUGCGGUAUGAGACUAAAAUCGAUUAAUCUACUGUUUAUCCCAAAAUCACCCCAGCGGUUGCCCUACUUCCUCUCUUGUCCUCCUUCACAAUACAAAUGAAGGUGAGAAUAUUUGACAAGUUAGUACUUGGAAAAUGUGUUUGCUUUAAACAAGCUUUGCAUGUGAGUGGGCAAAGAUACAAUUGGGACCUCAAGACAAAGAUAUUCUUACAUAUGAUUGAUAGAAUCAAUUGAUAAGAUACUCAAAUUCACCUCUAGGAAUAUCAGUAUGUGUAUGGCUCCUAAAAAAUGCCCCCUGUUAUAAUUAAGUCAUAAUGUCAUACAUUUCCCUUGUCUUUACUUAGCUAAAUAUUCUCUAAAAGUUUUCAGUCUUUGUUUUUGACAUUCUUAUUUCCAUAAAAUGAAUUCUUCCUAUAAAGGACUCCAAGAUGAUUGCAUUCUUUCUUUACGUUCAUGUGAAUUUCAUGUAUCAACAGUUUCGCUGGCGUGACCCUCAAAUGUGUUAUCUUAGUGGCUAAAAGAUUAUUUUUCAGUUUUAUAAAGGGUUUUCAUGUAAGUGCCAAUAAUAGUUUUUUUUUAAUAAAAUAUAUUUGUAAUAGAAUAAAACCAAUUACUUUUUUUGGUUACAAAAUUAAUUGCUGUUUUUUAUCGUGCCAUCUCGCACAGUUUCUCGGUUGCAGCAAAAGCAUUUCGCAGGAGAGUAAUUUUCUUUAAUGUUUUGUGUCAGUAAACUUUUAAUGCACAAUAAUGUUCAAAGGAUAUUUGUCCUUUUAAAUUUUCUUUUAUUGACGGAAAAAUGUGUAUAAAGCAGGAACUUCCAUCAGCUGAAAGAGAUUUUUGAAGAAAAUUGGGAAGGAACUGAUUUGAGAAUUACAAGUAAAGAUGAAGGACAGUAUAAAUUAUAAUCAAAAGAGUGAUUGGUAGAUUUUAAAUGUAUGAAGGGAGGAGGGGGGGGGAUAAAUAAUUUGGAACUAAAUUGACAGCUUUAAAAUGAAAGAAUAGAAUUGAAUCCAGUUUUCCAAAAUGUUCUUUUUUGUGUAACUACAUCUUUACUCGCUUCCAGGCACUUCAUCAUGACCAUGUUUUUUUUUUUUAUAUUCAUCACUGAACGUUAUUUUUUCACAAGUAUCUUACCCUAUGAUCUUCAUAUGAUCCAUCUCAUUAGUUUAGUCUAGAGAUUUUGUUCAUUUUAGUAUUUAAGUUGAAUGUUUUGUUGGAAAGACGUUUUCAGAAAUUCAAAUGACUUUUGCGACGGUGUAACAUUUUAUUUAGUCUGACUUCUGUAAUUUGUUUUUCCUUUUUUCCAGUUAUGUUACUCUCUUAAUUAAUUUUUUACUGAAUUUUAUUUUGUGGGGAUUCUAAUCAGAGUUUUAAGAUCAUUCUUGUAACAAUCUUUUUGUUACCUCAAUAACGGUGCUACUGCACCAUCGAUGUACCUGUUAAUUUUAAAACUUAUGUUUUUUGCGUGGCUUACUUUGUUUUUAUGCUUGUUUCUUCCUUUUUUUAAUCUUUAAACAGAGUUUAUUCCCAUAUUCUCUCAGUCUUUUAUAUUAAAACAUAAAGAAUAUACCAAAAACUUGCUAAGAAAGUUGCAACUAUGUUGGUUUUAUAAUUUCCCACUAUUUGAAGACUGGCCAUUCAUGCCAUAUCCAUAGGGCUGAGCAAUCAUUGUCUUUCGUCUAGUGUCCUCUUUAGUUUCUCCUAUGCUGACCAAGCAGAGAAUGUUUUUUCGUUCCCGCCAUACCAUUGUCUUAAAUCCUCCUUAAGCCCAGCAAAAAAGUCUUGAAUCCCUUGCGUAAACUCUACGAUCAGCGAUCUAUUUUUUCGAGAAAUUGUUGAAACCUGUUUGAAUUGAGGUAUUUUUACAACUCUGUAUCAAACCCUUCAGUGUACAAUCAGGUAGGUAGGCAAUUUAACCAUUAGGUAAAUCAAACACUUGAAGGCUUCCAUUUACUAGGAAGGUGAUUCCUAAGUCCAGCACCAGGCAUCAUUUUUGUAACCUUCCAACAAAUCGAGAUAGACUCAAAAUUUUGUGAGUGCUUCUAGGUCAAAGAAAAUGACUCAUGCGAUCUCUGAAAAUUUUAGAAGGACCACCCUAAAAAAUUUCAAGGACCUUGGGGUCACAGGGGUGCUGUAUGACUUUUUAAUCACCCUGUAUGUACAAUGACUGUGUCAUUCUCUCAGCUGAAAAAUUUUGUUGACAGUUUUGAUUUCAAGCUCAUGAAUUUUGUAAACCGUGUCUUGAGAAGACCUUUUGUUGCAGUGUAUUUCAUUUACUAUUUUAUUGUCAAUUAAGUUUCAUAGAGAAGCAUGUUUAAUAAAUUUAGUUAUUUCAUGAUGUAAUUUCCUCUACGUUUCAAUGAUGAAAAUAGGAAACCAUGUAUCUUAAUUGCAGUGGGGUGGGUAGAAGUAGGUAACCAAAUUAACCGUUUUUUUCUAAAUUUUCGAAAAGACAUUAUCCAAUUAUUUUGGACGAAAUUUUUUAGAUUUUACCCUUAAAAAUAUAGGGUCAGGGUCUACUUUCAAGAAUAACGUCCAAAAAGCAUGCAUGAUCUUUUGUAAUUCGACAAACGGAGAUAGCUGUUUUUCUAGUUUUAUGAUUGAUGUGUACAUUUUUUUUUUGGUUGUAAGUAAAACUAGACAUAGCCUGUUCCUUUUUUUUUGGCUCAGCUGUUAUAAGUUCCUUUGUUAUCUAAUAUAGUGAAUUACAACCAUUUUCACCUCAGAACAGUCAAGAUUUGUCCAGUCUUGUCCAGGCCUACCUUCGUUGAACAGAACCCUCUUUUUCAGAAUUUGUGUCUUUUUCAAUCAAGAUUGUUCAAGUAUGAUUUUUUUCUAUAAUGAGUUAGGGACAAUUAUGGAUGUGCUUUUUUUCAUAAUUCCAUGAAUUUCUGUUAAAACAUAUUGAGAGACGGAUAAGUUAAAACUACGGUAGUUUUGAAGGAGCCUCAAAAAUUAAGCAAUGCUCUUUGCCUUGAGUCCAGUUGAGAAAAUGGCCUCCACAUAUUUUAUUUGCCGUUACCUGAACAUGUAAUGUUGUUUUUUUGGUUUUUUAAACAAUCUUAAUGAGAAAAUUAAAUAUAUUGAAGUCAAACGACCAAAAAAUGAGAAAAUCGUCUGUUUUUCACUUUAAUCUUUUGUUUAAUUAUCCUCUGUAAUUUUUAUCAUUUAUCUUAAAUUGUUUGAGUUUAUUGUAUAUCACCUUUUAACUAACUUUGUAACUUCCACCGAACAAGUUAGGUACUUGCAUUUGCUUGAAACCGUAAAGAAUGUUUUUGAAAUCAACAUGGAGAGCAAGUCAUUCUGAGGAAAUUGGAAGGCACUCCUGAAAAAUUCAUGAUGAAGUGUCAAUGGUGGUCAUUACUGUAUAUGCAUUGCGUUACAAUGACUCAGAAUUUUCUGCUUUCAUAAAUUUUUCUUUUCUUCUAAAAAGAAACCAAAAUCUUAAAUUUCAUUAAACUUCCAAUUAGCCUCUCAUUUUUGCAGAUGAAAUGUAUGUGACUGUUUUCAGGAAAAGGUACUUAGUGCCAGAAUAUUAAAUAUUGAGUUAUUGUUUUCCAACCUUUUUGGGAUUGAGGCAAGCAAUGAGCAUGUUUAGAUCUUUUAAAAAAUUGGCUCUGCAGAGUUAUAACUUGACAUUUAUCUUUUUAAUUUAAAAAUUGAUAAUUUGAUUCAGUUGUAAAAUCUCAUGUCAGGAUACAUAGAGAGGUCUUCAUCUAAAAUUUGAUUACCAAUUUUGAUGAAACUUCACAAAAAUAUGCCCCCAAGAGGUGUCUUUUACCAUGAGUGACCGUCUAAUGAGAAAAUCCAAGAACAGUAUUUUGUUCCUAAUUCAGGUUUUCAAAGUCAAGAAGAAUUUUUAAAUUUAAGCUGAGCAAUCCAAGCAUGUAUUUGUUUCCUACUUAAGCAUUCAACUUAGAAUAGUGCGAUAGAGACUGAGAGAGUGCGAGAAAGCAAAAUUAGGGUGGUGUUGUCAGUUUUCAGAUAAAAUUUCCUUACCUUUUUUACCCUGUAUCAUUACACACUUGUUUUCUAAGGAACAUAAUUUUGACCAACAGUUAAAAUUGAUUUUUAAAUUUUGAUUUGUUGGUUAAAACACUCAGCUAAAUACCACGGCAUCAGCCUAUCUAAAUUGUCCGAAAAAAAAAAUACAAUAGAAACUGUGAAUUCUUGAAGUAUUUAUAAUAUUUAUUUAGCUGUGAAUGUUUUACGUAUUUUUACGCUAACCAUUUUUUGCCCCUUUUCAAAUUUAAAAUGACAAUUUUUCUCUCCAACCAAGUUGUUAAAGCUUUAAUUUGGUUUGUUGUACCCUUUUAAUCACUGCAUAAUACACUUUUUCAUCCCAUCAA